AGAGGAGAAGAAAGCUGUCAGAUGCAGUUAGAAACCAGCCGAUCGCAAGACAUCUGGUAGGGGGGCACCUGAGGGGGCCGGUGAUUACUGAGCAAAGUUUUUGCUUGCUUUUCCCUCCUGAAAAUUAAAGUCUGGAAUAGCUUAUACGUGAAAGAGACAAAUAAUACAAGAAAACGAAAGUGCAGUGAAAACAGGAUGUCUGCCAAUAAACCCACUCUGAAAGGCCAUCCCAAACUCAUUGGGUACAAAAAGGACAUCUAGUGGACAGUGUUCAAAUGUAUCCGAUGAUCUAAUUCUUCCACCGAGAUUCUUUAGUUCUGAAGUGCGCAUUCAACGGGCACUUUACAAUUUCUUGAGACCACGGGAGAGUUUUUGUGAAAGGCGCUGAAGCGACAACUGGUCACUCUUACUCUUGGGUUGCAGUUUAGUCUCAUGAAAAACUACUUAAGCUCACUUCAGAUGACUCUCAGAAUGUUUGCUGCAGAUCUUCUUGUAUUCAGCUCUAUUCUAUCAGCUGCCUGGUGUCAGUCAGGUCUGAAAGUAUCGUACCCCAAAACCCUGAACAGCACCAGUGGCUCUUGUCUUCUGAUUCCCUGCCUAUUCAACAUUUCAAAGGAGAAAGAAAACAUUCUUGAGAGUUCACCAGUAGUUACAUGGAGACGAGCAUCUCUGUGGAAUCUCUAUGAUACAGUUAAUUUCACCAACGCUCACCGUCAGAAGGAACCUGUGGUGGAAGUGCUGGGUGACCUACGAAAGAAGAACUGCACUUCUGUCCUGAGAAACCUCAGCAGCCAGCAUUCAGAUCGCUACUUCUUCAGGAUUCAAACUACCACCUUCAACACGACUGAAACAACAGCUGUGAAUAUAAAUGUGUCAGAUUCCUUGGCUGAGCCGGAUGUAACUGUGCCGGUGCUCAGGGAGGGUGAGGAGGUGAAUCUGACCUGCACUGCUCCAGCUCCCUGCCCCAGUCAGCCUCCAAAUGUAAACUGGGCUCCUGCAUUAGGUGGUGAUGUAACACAGAGGACACAGAUGAACGCUGAUGGGACUCAGAGUCUUUCUGCCAUCUUGAAAUUCAUCCCGUCGUUCCACCAUCAUGAGCUGAAAGUGAACUGUGUUUCCAUUCAUCCUCUACACAGAGAUGACAGACCCCUGCUCAGCCACAAGACCGUCAUCCUCAGUGUGGAGUAUCCUCCAAAGAAAACAUGGAUCUCUGUCUCAGGGUCGGUCUGGCUUGGUAAUAAUGUGACCCUCACCUGUCAAAGUAAUGCCAACCCUCCUGCGGUCCACAGGUGGUUCCUGAAGAGAGCAGGUGUAGAAGAAGAACUGAACGUCUCACAUGUGUUUUCCUUCACUGCGGCACAAAAUAACACUGGGGAAUACAUUUGUGAGGCACAUAAUCGAUACGGUGCAAUGAACUCCACAAACCAGCAGAUCACUGUCCCAGGCAUAUCCUUCACUGGCUUCCUCUCCAUUUUGGCAGUUGUAUUAUUGCUUAUAUUUGCACUUCUUAUUCUUAUUAUUUACCGAAGAUAUAAAGAACCAGUCAGAAGUAAUGGGAAUUCUCCAAUACCUCAUCACUGAGGGACUUCUGCUUUCCUGUCUCAAACAUCUGUAACAAAAGGGAUAUUUGGAAUUUUUAAAGGAUCAGAAGAACUGAUUGUUGAUUUGAUCAAGGACUGUAAGCCAACGUGUGACACAGGGGGUCUGUUAAUUGUCACAUCUUCAGUGGGUGAAGCUGUGCUAUGCUGAUCGAUCAGUUUGAAUGUCUCACAUUGAGGUUUUAGUCACAUGGUCAAGAAGUGAUAGGCCUAGUAACUGUUGCUCUGUCUCUUUUCUUGCCUGGCAAUCUCUCUUUGCUGGGGCUCUACUCUCCCCCUUUCUCUCUCUCUCUCUCUCUCUCUCUCUCGUAACAUAUCACAUAUAUGAUGCAUACUUUAUAUCUUUUAGCAUUUAUUUUGUAAACAAAAUCAAGUUCAACCAUAACAAAAUAUUUUAUGAAGAGUUGAGUACUGAAGAGUAGAGACUGUGGUUAGGUUGACGAUUUGCUGAAAACCUUUAAGACUGAAACGUAUGUUACUUCAUGUAAAAAAGAGGUGAAUGUGAACUCUUCAGCACAGUGAUAGUUUCUUGUACAUGGAGGUGUGCUUGUGCUAAUUUGACUAGCUAUAGCUUAUAUGAAAUAUGUUUAAUGUAAAUAAUUACAAAAUUUAAGAAAUAUAUAUAAUUCAAUAUAUUUCUAUGUGUAUGUACUUCAUAGGAAGUGUUACAGUAUUUUUAUCCAGUUUUUAUCCAGUUUUGUUUUAUUUUGUUUUACCUAAUAAAACAUUUGAUUUAGA